CAAUCGCCACACAAUUGAACGCAACACUUGUUCGACCAUGGCCUACCCAAAAACCUACCGCGCUUUCCGUAGGACCAAAACACCAUACCCUCGCACAAUCGAGCUGCAUGAGGAGACUUUGCCCGAUUCUUUGUCUUCGCAUGAUGUUGUCAUUCGCAUUCAUGCAGUCUCCUUGAAUUAUCGCGACAAAGCUAUGCUAGAGGAGGGACGCUACCCAGCACAUGUGCGAGACGGCGGCAUACCUGCGUGUGAUUGUGCGGCAGAAGUCGUAGCAACUGGUCCACAAGUCUCAGAAUUUGCAGUCGGAGACCGAGUAUCUGUGACUCCGGCUCUUUCUCUGAUAACAGGCGCGGAAAGGGAUCAAGAGGCAACAGCUAUGGGUGGAGAUUCGACUGGCGUUUUGAGGGAGUAUGCUGUGUUCGAAGAAAAACACCUGGUCAAGAUUCCGGAUCACCUCUCAUGGGAGGAAGCAGCUACAAUUCCAGGUGCUGGUAUAUCCGCUUGGCGCAGCUUGGAUAGCCUGAAGGGACUGACAGAAGGUGCAACUGCCGUCUUACAAGGUACUGGUGGAGUCAGCAUGUACGCGCUUCUCAUCUGUCUAAGCGCAGGUAUUAGGCCAAUCAUCACGUCUUCCUCGGACGAAAAAUUGGCAAACAUCCUGAAGCUAGACCCCAGAAUUGCGGGAAUAAACUACAAGACGCACCCAGACAUCACUGCCGAGGUUUUGCGGAUCACACAAGGCAAUGGUGUCGAUUACGUUGUGAACAAUGUCGGCCUCUCGUCCGUCCCUGAGGACAUCAAGUCACUGCGCAAGUGGGGCGGGUCAAUUGCCUUAGUCGGAUUUCUGGAAGGGUUCAAAGCUGGCUGGCCAUCCGAAGUUCUCUUCCAGUUGCUCGAGAAAGCAGCUAAGCUUCAGGGUAUUAUGAUAGGCUCCAGAAUCGAUCUUCAAGAGCUGAACACAUUCAUCGGGGAGAAGAAGAUUCGCCUCGACACUUUGAUUGAUCGUACAUUUGCAUUCGAAGACUCGGCAGCUGCCUUAGACUAUCUCUGGACAGGAUCGCACGUCGGGAAGAUCGUAAUCAAGAUUCCUUAG